AUGUGGAUGCUGGUAGCCGUGUCAUUUACUCUCAAGCUGCUGAGCGCCUUCGUGCAGCACCUGUGGAGCAGCCUGGGAGCCCUGUUGCCCCGGCUCAGGGCAGCAUGCUGGCUGGCAGGGGGCAAGAAGGGCCAGCAGCGGCGGGGCAGGAGAAAACCAAGGGAGACCAGCAGGGAAGACGAAGAGGACCGCGAUCUGCGCAUCACCCCCACCAGCGUUAAUUAUCACUUCACCCGCCAGUGCAAUUACAAGUGUGGCUUCUGCUUCCACACGGCCAAAACGUCCUUCGUGCUGCCGCUGGCGGAGGCCAAGAGAGGCUUGCUGCUGCUGAAGGAAGCGGGUAUGGAAAAGAUCAACUUCUCCGGCGGAGAGCCAUUCCUCCACGACCGGGGCAGAUACCUCGGCCAGCUGGUGAAGUUCUGCAAACAGGAGCUGCAACUGCCCAGUGUAAGCGUAGUAAGCAAUGGUAGCCUGAUCCAGGAGAGGUGGUUCCGGAACUACGGGGAAUAUUUGGACAUUCUCGCCAUCUCCUGCGACAGCUUUGACGAGCAGGUCAAUGUCCUUAUUGGCCGUGGCCAAGGAAACAAGAACCACGUGGAAAAUCUCCAAAAACUGAGGACGUGGUGCAAAGAUUACAGAGUGGCCUUCAAGAUAAAUUCUGUCAUCAAUCGAUUCAACGUGGACGAGGACAUGAAGGAACAGAUUAAAGCCCUGAACCCCAUCCGCUGGAAGGUCUUCCAAUGCCUCAUAAUCGAGGGUGAGAAUUCUGGAGAAGAUGCUCUGAGAGAAGCAGAACCGUUCGUGAUAAGUGAUGAAGAGUUUGAAGCGUUCUUGGACCGCCACAGAGACGUGCCCUGCCUGGUGCCCGAGUCUAACCAGAAGAUGAGAGAUUCCUACCUUAUUCUGGAUGAAUAUAUGCGCUUCGUGAACUGCAGAAACGGUCGGAAGGAUCCUUCCGCGUCCAUCCUGGAUGUCGGCGUAGAAGAGGCGAUAAAAUUCAGCGGCUUUGACGAAAAGAUGUUCCUCAAGCGAGGUGGGAAGUACGUAUGGAGCAAGGCGGACCUGAAGCUGGACUGGUAA